AUGGAUAUAGGUUUGGAUGGUGCGGCCUUGAAAAAUGCAAAUGGUCAGGUGAUCGCUAAUGAAGAUUUUAAUAAAGGUGCCAAGCUCUUUACCCAAACAACAGCCAUCACCUCACGCCUGCAAGGUCGUGUGGAUGAUGAUGUCAUGAAUGCUAUUUUAUCAGGCUUAACACUUGAUUUAGAUACGGAAGUUGGUGUUAAAAAAGCUGUUGAUGAACUCAAUGCCUACUUAACCCAAGAAGGCGUACAAAGUGUUUUAUUAGCUCCUCAAGAGCUAGAAGGACAAUGGCGCAUAGUGUUGUCACGAAAUGUUUUUGGGGUGGAGCGUGUCUCUUAUUUGGAUACGCACUUUAGUCACAGCACAGACUACCUUAAACUAUCUGAAGCUGGACAGUUUUUUGCUCAGAUUUUACAAGGUGGUGGAAUCAUCAGUCGUGGUGAGGGUGAACGCAAACGCGAACAAAUCGUGCGCACCUUUAAAGAAGCGAUGGAUUGGCUGAUGCAAGAUACCGAGCGUACCAUUACACGCCAGCGUUAUAAAGGUCUUGGGGAGAUGAAUGCUGAUCAGCUCUGGGAAACUACCAUUGACCCAAGUAACCGACGUAUGCUCAAGGUGCAAAUUGAAGAUGCCAUUGCUGCUGACCAAAUUUUCACCACCCUUAUGGGAGACGAUGUCGAACCACGUCGCGCUUUUAUUGAAGCUAAUGCCUUAAAAGCACGCAAUAUUGAUGUGUAA